ACGCGGCCUCGAGUGCUGAGCCUAUCAGGCUACUGUUUGGAUGUCGCGUGAGCGGCAUCAGCGGGACUGCGAUGUUGCGGUGCCGAGCCCGCGCGAAGCUGUCAGUGGGAAGGCAGCAGUUGUAAUUGGGUUGAACAUGGCGAAUGUGACGUUAGAGUUUCGGGAGAGUACUGGAGACUCCGACCCGCUGACUCGCCCAGUGCUUAUACUUGGGCAGCUGUCAAACCUGCAGCGAGUGUCUUGGAGUCAACUGCAGGGAAAGCUACAGCCCUCCGUUAACCAGGAGACAUGGCAGUCCGCCCUUGCAACUCUGAAUCCAAAUCCAACGGACAGUUGUCCACUCUAUUUAAAUUAUGCAGUUGUAGCCGCCUUGCCAUCCCGAGUGAGUCGGCACAACAGUCCGGCUGCGACCCAUUUCUUGACGCGGCUUCUUAGAAAUUGUAUGCCGGUGGGAGCUAACAGGUGUAUUGUGAUGAUCUGCGAGCGAUCUGAAGUGUUCGCUUCUGCCUGCGCCAUCGCCAGGGCCUUUCCACUCUUCACCCGUCGUUCGUCGGCCUCGCGACGAGCAGACAAACGGGUAGUUGUUGUCGAGUUUAUUGUAGUGGGCCAGGAUAACGGACCCUUGGAAGUAUCCGCUCUGGAGUGCUUGUCAAAUGCCGCUGAAGGAGUUCGGUUAGCAGCACGUAUUGUUGACACACCAUGUAAUGAGAUGAAUACAGACCAUUUUCUGCAAGAGAUCAAGGUAGUUGGAAGUGAGCUUGGAAUUGUUCCAGCAAUAAUCCGUGGAGAAGAGCUUAAAGAGAGAGGAUUUGGAGGAAUUUAUGGUGUUGGUAAAGCCGCUGAACACCCACCAGCUCUGGCAGUCUUGAGUCAUCUCCCAGAGGGUGCUACACAGACUAUUGCAUGGGUAGGGAAAGGGAUCGUGUAUGAUACUGGAGGACUGAGCAUCAAAGGAAAGACCACUAUGCCUGGAAUGAAAAGAGACUGUGGAGGUGCCGCAGCUGUCCUGGGGGCAUUUAAAGCUGCUGUUAAACGGGGCUUCAAAGACAAUCUUCAUGCUGUUUUCUGCUUGGCGGAGAAUGCUGUUGGGCCAAAUGCUACCCGUCCUGAUGACAUCCACAUCCUGUACUCAGGAAAGUCAGUUGAGAUUAACAACACUGAUGCAGAGGGUCGCUUGGUGCUGUCAGACGGGGUUGCUUAUGCAAGCAAGGAUCUUGGUGCCGAUAUCAUUUUGGACAUGGCUACUCUCACUGGAGCUCAGGGAAUUUCAACUGGGAAGUACCAUGCAGCUGUAGUGACCAACAGUGAAACUUGGGAAACUGCAUGUGCCAAAGCUGGCCGAAGCAGUGGGGACCUUAUACAUCCAUUGGUCUACUGUCCUGAGCUACAUUUUAGUGAGUUUACUUCUGCUGUGGCAGACAUGAAAAACUCUGUUGCGGACCGUGAGAAUGCACAGAGUUCUUGUGCUGCUCUCUUUAUUGCCUCCCACAUUGGCUUUGACUGGCCAGGUGUCUGGGUUCAUGUGGACAUAGCUUCUCCAGUUCAUGCUGGGGAGCGAGCCACUGGUUAUGGUGUUGCACUGCUGUUAGCCCUUUUUGGCCGUGCCUCUGAAGACCCUCUUUUAAAUUUGGUAUCUCCUCUGGGUUUAGAGACUAGCAUGGAAUGUGAUGAAGUUGAGCGUGAUUCUAAGAGAAGGCGCCUGGUCUAAUUUCAGUUCAACUAAACUUUCUGCACUGAUGGCUUUGACUUAAGUUUAUAGAUGAAUAAAACUUUCCCCUAUGCAAA